UCUCUUCUCUUCCCCACAGCUUUUGCAACUUCCUCUCCCCAAUCCAGCGAAACCCCUGCCAGCCACCGCGUUCCCCCGCCCCAACCCGAGCGGAAUCGAUGGCGCCCAAGGCGGAGAAGAAGCCGGCGGCGAAGAAGCCCGCAGAGGAGGAGCCCGCAACCGAGAAGGCCGGGAAGGCCCCGGCGGGGAAGAAGCCCAAGGCGGAGAAGCGGCUCCCGGCGGGCAAGUCCGCCGGCAAGGAGGGCGGCGAGAAGAAGGGGAAGAAGAAGGCGAAGAAGAGCGUGGAGACCUACAAGAUCUACAUCUUCAAGGUGCUGAAGCAGGUGCACCCCGACAUCGGCAUCUCCUCCAAGGCCAUGUCCAUCAUGAACUCCUUCAUCAACGACAUCUUCGAGAAGCUCGCCGCCGAGGCCGCCAAGCUCGCCCGCUACAACAAGAAGCCCACCAUCACCUCCCGCGAGAUCCAGACCUCCGUCCGCCUCGUCCUCCCCGGGGAGCUAGCCAAGCACGCCGUCUCCGAGGGCACCAAGGCCGUCACCAAGUUCACAUCCUCUUAGAUUGCCUCCCGUGGUGGUGGUAGUAGUAGUUGGGUGGUGUUGGUAGAUGUGGCUCAGUUUAUCUGGUAGGGCUUGUAGUAGCAGAAGUGGGUGGAUCUGGAAAUGGUCGGAUGAUCUGUGUGUAGUUGGGCUGCGGUAAGAAUUGUGGUGGUGCUUUUGGAACACUGUUCCCUCAUGGAUCCGGAAUAGUAACGGUGCUUGUUCUACA